AUGACGUCAUCAAUUGUUUACCGUAAGUCAGUCAACCAUAGUCCAUCAUCUUUUACCCACAAUGCCCCAUCUCCUCUUUAUUUUUUUCUUUACUUUUCUUCUCUUUCUUUUCUAUUCAUUCAUUUUUCUCGUUUCCUUCUUUCUUUCAUUUUUUUUUUCAUUCUGGUCUACAUUUACCCAUUUCUUUUCUUCAUUUCUGCCAUCCUUUCAUUACUUAUUUCUUUUCCGUAUUGCUUCUUUCAUUUUUUUUAUUCCUUGUCUUCCUUCCAUCUCACUUUUACUCUUAAUUCCUUUUUUCUUUCUUUGCAAUCUUCGUUUUUCUUGGUUAUUUCCCUUUUGGCUUCUCCUUCCGGUUUUCUUUCUUUAAUUUUUAGCGUCGUUUCCUCCAUCCGGUUAUUUAUUUCUUUUUUUCAUUCUCAUCUCUUUUCCCCUAUUUUUCUUUGUUUACUGUACCAGCCUUAUAUUUCCCAUUCCUUUUUCUAG